AUGGGGUGGUUUCUUAUGUGGUUACAUCUUUUUCUCAUCCAUUUUCCAUCCUUCUCUUCUUCUUCUUCUUCUUUCAAUUUCUUAUGUCAUCAUGAUGAGAGUUCUGCCUUGCUUCAAUUCACUUGUCCUUUUCUUCAAGUUGAAUCCAGUUCCUUUCUAAAUUCUUAUCCUUAUUUUUGUGAUGAAUAUCUUGCGAAAACAAAAACAUGGAUAAAUGGAACUGAUUGUUGUUCAUGGGUUGGCGUCACAUGUGACACGAUAUCUGGACAUGUGAUUGGCCUCAACCUUGGUUGUGAAGGCCUUGAGGGUGUAAUCUAUCCUAACAGUACCCUUUUCCAUCUUUCUCACCUACAAAUACUCAACCUUUCUUCAAAUUCCUUAUCUGCCUACAUUUUUUAUUUUAAGUUUGACGAGUUUCCUAGUCUCACAUAUCUUGACUUGACUUAUUGUGACUUUAUAGGUGAAAUUCCUUCUCAAAUCUCACAUCUUUCUAAAUUAACAUCACUUCGUCUAUCUGAAAAUAAUGAGUUAAGUUGGAAAGAAACCACUUUGAAGAGGCUCAUGCAAAAUGCAACAAAUUUGAAAGAGCUAUUUUUAGAUGGAACAAACAUGCAUUCAGUAAGACCUAACUCCAUUGAUUUUCUCUUCAAUCAUUCUUCCUCUUUGAGUACUCUUAAUCUUGGAAACACCGGACUAAGAAGAAACUUCAAAAAAAGAAUUCUCUGCUUACCAAGUAUUCAAGAACUAUAUUUGUCAGGUAAUGACUUUAGAGGCCAGCUUCCUGAAUUUAGUUGCAACACUUUUCUUAGAAUCUUAGAUCUCUCAGAAUGUCAAUUACAAGGGCCAAUUUCUCUUUCUUUUUCUAACCUCACACAUCUUAACUCCCUAACUCUCACAGGGAACAACCUUAAUGGUGAGCUUCCAACAUCCCUUUCAAACUUUCAACAUCUCAUUCACUUAGAUCUUUCAUUCAAUUUACUUAGUGGUCAAAUCCCAGAUGUGUUUGGUAGAAUGAAUAAACUACACAAACUCCGUAUACGUUCAAACAAUUUAAAAGGACAACUUCCAUCUUCUUUAUUUAACUUGACAAAGCUUACUAAAUUAGAUUGUUCUUAUAAUAAACUAGAGGCCUCCCUUCCCAACAAACUUACAGGGUUCCAAAAGCUAAUUCAUUUGAGGUUAAGUCACAACUUUCUAAAUGGAACAUUUCCUUUUUGGUUGUUGUCUUUGCCUUCAUUGAUACACUUAGAUCUAUCAAAUAAUCUAUUCACAGGACAUAUCGGUGCAAUCUCGUCGUAUUCCUUAGAGGAGAUAUCUCUUUGUGGCAACAAGCUGCAAGGAAAUAUUCCAAAAUCAAUAUUUGACCUUGCAAACCUAAAUAUAUUAUGUCUAUCAUCAAACAAUUUGAGUGGCGUUGUUGAUUUUCAACACUUUACCAAAUUUCAAAAUUUGUAUUCUUUGUCCCUUUCUUAUAACAGUCAUUUAUCAUUAAGCUUUGAAUCAAAUGUCAUUUACAACUUUUCUCAACUAAGAAGAUUGGAAUUGUCUUCUUUGAAUUUGACUACACUUCCUAAACUUUCUGAAAACUCCUUAAGGUUGAUCCAAUAUCUUGAUUUGUCUAAUAAUAAAAUUAAUGGCACAGUGCCUAAUUGGUUACUUGAAAGGGUCUCUUUAGAAAUGUUAAACCUUUCUCAAAACUUGUUCACGUCAAUGGACGAAAUCUCAAGCAAUAAUUACCAGUUCGAUCACCUUGAUCUAAGUUCUAACUUACUACAUGGUGAACUCUCUAUGUCAAUUUGCAAUUUGAUUUCACUUCGAAUUCUCAACAUGGCAAAUAAUAAACUGACAGGUCCCAUUCCGCAGUGUGUUGCUAAUUUUCCAUACCUUCAAGUUUUGGAUCUACAAGUGAACAAGUUUCACGGCACUUUGCCUAGUAAAUUUUCACAGUACUGCCAGCUUCAUGAGCUGAAUCUCAAUGACAACCAAUUAGAAGGCCAUCUUCCUAAAUCUUUGUCCCAGUGUGAAUACUUGGAGGUUCUAAACCUUGGCAACAAUAAAAUAGAAGACAAUUUUCCUGAUUGGCUUCAAACUCUGCAACAAUUAAAUGUGCUGGUUUUGAGAGACAAUAAGUUGAAUGGCCUCAUUUCUAAUAUAAAGUUCAAACACCCAUUUCCAAGAUUAAUGAUUUUUGAUAUCUCAGGAAAUAACUUCAGUGGUCUGCUACCAACAACCUAUUUGAGAAGUUUUCAAGGCAGGAUGAUUGAUCCUCAAGGGGGCGAUAAUAGCAAUUUGCAAUACAUGGACAUGCAAUUACUGAAUAGUACACUAUUUUAUGAUUCUGUGUCUGUGAGGAUAAAGGGGAUCAAUUCAACACUGGUGAAAAUUUCAAGGAACUUUGCAACUAUUGAUAUGUCAAGAAAUAAAUUUGAAGGAGAUAUUCCAGAUGUUGUUGGAGAGUUUCAUGCACUCAUAGGGCUUAACCUUUCCCAUAACAGCCUCACUGGUAUUAUUCCCCGAUCCAUGGGAAACAUGACAACUUUAGAAUCUUUGGAUCUCUCAUCAAAUAUACUCAGUGGUGUUAUACCUGCAGAAUUAUCCAAUUUGAAUUUUCUUGAAUUCUUGGAUCUUUCCAAUAACCAUCUUGUGGGUGACAUACCUCAAGGAAAGCAGUUCAAUACGUUUUCAAAUGAUUCAUAUGAAGGAAACUCGGGGUUAUGUGGAUUACCCUUGUCCAAGAAAUGUGGACCUGAACAACAAUCUCCACCUUCACCCGACAAGCUUUGGAGUGAAGAGAAAUUUGGAUUUGGAUGGAAACCAGUGGCAAUUGGAUAUGGAUGUGGAUUUGUGUUUGGAAUAGGCCUUGGAUAUUGCAUGUUUUUAUUUGGAAAGCCAAGAUGGCUUGUGAUGAUAUUUGGUGGCCAACCUAAGAGGAGAGUGAAAAGAAGAACAAGAGUGAGGAUGACCAAUGGUUCAACCAUGGAUCAGAUGAUACAAAUGUCAUAG